AUGGCUUCCAUUCCCAGUGAAGCUCCGAAUGACAUUCGGAUCUUGACUCUCAACUGCUGGGGACUGAAAUACCUCGCCAAAUAUCGCCAUGAGCGUCUCUCCGAGAUUGGGAGGCAGCUAGCACUUGCUAAUCCGCCCCCGGAGAUAGUGGGCCUUCAGGAGUGCUGGACACAACAAGACUACGAGAGCAUUCGUGGCCAAACACAACAUAUUUUGCCAUAUGGAAAGUUUUACUUUGGAGGUAUCUUCGGUGCCGGCCUGGCUAUCUUGUCCAAAUGGCCCAUCGAGGAGAGCAGCAUGUACUGUUAUCCGUUGAACGGCCGUCCAACAGCUUUUUUCCGUGGAGAUUGGUUCGUGGGUAAAGGCGUCGCCUGUGCAAGAGUGCGAUUUGGCCCCGGCGUCGCCGACGUGGCUGAGGUGUUCUGCACACACUUGCACGCUCCGUAUGAGCGUGAGCCAAACGAUUCAUACCUAUGCCACCGCACUGCUCAGGCUUGGGAGAUCUCCAAGCUGAUGCGCGGCGCCGCCGAGCGUGGCCAUCUGGUCAUUGGAUUGGGCGACUUCAACAUGCUGCCAUCCUCGUUUGCCCACCGACUCAUCUCAGCUCAAAGCCCUGUUCGCGACGCUUGGCGCGAGCUGCACCCAGACUCAUCCGUUGGCGCCGCUAUCGACGCCGUGGAGAAAGCCAGGAAUCGUCCAAUUCCAACCGCCGAAUUCAAUCUAAUUGAGAAUGGUGCCACUUGUGAUGGUGCCUAUAAUACCUGGCGCUGGUCCAAACCUCUUCAGAAGCGUCUCGACAAGGGCGAAGAAAUCACAAUCGACAAAGACGGCGCAGACCCCCGUGCCAAACGUCUCGACUACAUCUUCGUCGGAGAUGGCGGUUAUGCACCUGAAUUCCCUCCCCGCGUUGGUCAGUCAAGACCGUCCAGGUCAGUAUGA